CAUCAUCCAUCCAUUCAUGCUGUGUGCAAAGUACUUUUGUUUUACAGCUGAACAAGGGACAGUAGAAUUACUUUGUUUCUAGACGUAGAUACCACAGAAAAUCUUACACAAAUAUUUUACUUUCUUUUCAGAGAUAUUAUUUCAAUUUCAAUUUCUGGAACCAAGAUCACUUCUAGGGGAAAGGCAGAUGUUAGGAGGAGUAAUGAAGUGGUUACAAAGAGAAGCAAGUGUAUAAUAUCUUAACUUACCACUAUAGGUUGAUCUCUGCCAGAGAAGUUGCCAGAAGUUUCUUGAUUUUGAUAGCCAGGUCCAUCAAAGCCCACUGUUAUUUUGCUGGCUGUGGCGUGCUCACGGAAUGUGAGGAUUAAGAGCAGAGUGUAAAGUCAGAUGGCCACAGUUUAUUUGCCCUGAACUUAGCGUGUGCACACUUGAAUCAGUUACAGUGUGAUCAAGUCUUAGGUACCCCCUCUGCAGAUGAGAUGAGAGCAACAAUUAACGUGCUCACGUAACAGGCGAAGUGUCUAGCAUCAUGCCUGGCCUGUGGUAUUAAACGUGCAGUGCCUGUUAGCAGUGGGGCAGUGAGUUAUCGUGAAGCCUGAUGGAGCUCAUCUUCCUUAGGGUUUUAUAGGACAUUCAGGUACGAUAACAGGUUUUAUUGAUCUCCCCCAAGUCUUUUGUGAAACGUCUCAGAAGCUGAUGAGCACGGAAGCCUUUGCUCUGGCCGCCAAGCACUACUCUGUGCAAAGCUUGGGGCUGUGUACUCCUUUUGAGCAGUUGCUUACCGCCCUUCGAGUAAACAAAGAGCAGAGAACUGGUGAAAAUGUGAAGGCAAUUAAGUUUAUGAAUACAAAAAAAUCUCAUGAGGUUCAGGCAAUGUCAGAGCUAAUCUGCAGUAUUGCUGAUUACUAUGGUUUAAAGCAGAUAAUUGACGUGGGUUCUGGUAAAGGCUACCUAAGCUCCUUUUUGUCCUUAAAGUAUGGUUUAAACGUUUAUGGCAUAGACUCCUCAAAUACUAAUACUCAUGGAGCUAAGGAGAGAAACAGGAAGUUGAAGAAACAUUGGAACCUGUAUCAUGCUCAGACAAGAGGAGAUGCCCAUGGACCGGCAUUAAAAAUGCCAGAAGAAAAGAAAGUACAAAAGGAAGUAAAGUGUAAGGGAGAUUUUGAGAGUACACCGAAGAACACUCUUGUGACUCAAGACUUGUCUGCCGAUGUUUUGCCAGAGUUUUCAAAGUCAGCAGGUUCGGUCAUCAGGAAACGGCAAGGGAAUCUCCAUGCCCAGUCACUCGAAACUGCCUUUUCUCUCGUGGACAUUUUGCCUAUUGAAGCCAUCGAACCGACCUCCUCCCAGGUGCACAACACCGAGAUGUCGGAAGUGAGGACACGGAGAAGAAAGGUGACGUCAAAGCCUAGUGACUCAAGUAUCUAUUCACCACUGACUUCUUUUAUCACUGCUGAUUCAGAAUUGCAUGACAUUGUUAAAGAUCUGGAGGACUGUUUAGUGGUGGGUCUUCAUACUUGUGGUGACCUUGCACCAAACACUCUACGGAUAUUUGCAUCCAAGUCUGAAGUCAAGGGAGUUUGCAGUGUGGGUUGUUGCUACCAUCUUUUAUCUGAAGAAUUUGAAGACCAGCAUAAAGAAUAUGCUCAAGAAAACUGGGGCUUUCCAAUGUGCCGCUAUCUGAAAGAGGAGAGAUGGUGUUGUGGCCGUAAUGCAAGAAUGUCAGCGUGCUUGGCAUUGGAACGGGUUGCAGUUGGCCAAGGGCUGCCUACUGAAUCACUCUUCUAUCGUGCUGUUCUGCAGAAUAUUAUUAAAGAUUAUUAUGGCAUCACCAAAUGUGAUCGGCACGUUGGUAAAAUUUAUUCCAAAUGUUCUUCCUUUCUGGAUUAUGUCAGAAUGUCUCUAAAGAAGCUUGGAUUAGAUGAGUCCAAGGUCUCUGAAGAAGUUAUAAUGGAUUACUAUGAGAAAUAUAAACCUAGAAUGAACGAGUUGGAGGCAUUUAAUAUGUUGAAAGUCGUUCUGGCUCCUUGCAUAGAAACACUGAUUCUUCUUGAUCGACUGUGUUACCUGAAGGAACAGGAAGAUGUAGUGUGGUCUGCUCUUGUGAAGUUGUUUGACCCUGUCCAGUCUCCCAGGUGCUAUGCUCUCGUUGCCCUGAAGAAGCAGCGGUGACCGCAGCGGAGGCAGGUGGCUAGUCAGCUUGUUUGGGGACUUACCUCGAAGAUUACUUUUCUAAACAUUUAUAUUUUAAAUAAUUGCUAUAUUUUAAGUAAUAAAAUAAUGGCUCACAAUGUAAGAUCAUAAUCAGUUUUUCUAUUCUCAAAGCAUACGUUAAUAAAAUAAGAACUUAUGAAAAUA